UCUCCCCUCCCUCUCCUUCCUGCUUCAUCUCUUCAAGAAAGUGAACAUAAAGUAAAAACACGGAGAGAGAGAGGCAGAGAGAGAAAAAGCUCCCUGAAGAGGGAAGCCCCAGCAGCCAGUAGCUGUUUGGAUUUGCCUGGCGCUGCCUUUCUUGCUUUGCUCCCAAGGAGUACCUUUAAUGGGAUCAAUUGCUUCAGUUCCUUUAUAACCAAGUCCAUCGCAAAGGCAGACUCAACAUAUUAUGGGCAACUGUGUGAAGUCUCCACUGAGAAACCUCUCAAAAAAGGAUAGAGAACUGCGUCCAGAAGAAAUUGAAGAAUUAAGAGAAGCCUUUAAGGAGUUUGAUAAAGACAAGGAUGGCUUUAUUAACUGCAGGGAUCUGGGGAACUGCAUGCGAACCAUGGGCUACAUGCCUACUGAGAUGGAGCUAAUAGAGCUCUCUCAGCAGAUCAACAUGAACCUGGGUGGCCAUGUGGAUUUUGAAGAUUUUGUUGAACUGAUGGGACCAAAGCUGCUGGCAGAAACUGCAGACAUGAUUGGUGUAAAAGAGCUCCGUGAUGCCUUCAGAGAGUUUGACACCAAUGGCGAUGGGGAGAUCAGUACCAGUGAGCUGCGAGAAGCCAUGAAGAAGCUCCUGGGGCAGCAGGUGGGCCAUCGGGAUAUUGAAGAGAUCAUCCGGGACGUGGAUCUGAAUGGAGAUGGGCGUGUUGAUUUUGAAGAGUUUGUUCGCAUGAUGUCCCGUUGAAGAUUAUUCUCAGCUAAAGAAGAAUCAGCACCUUAGAGAGGGCAGAAGAGGACCUAGAUGGAGCAUCUAGCCCCAGUGUUUCCACUUGAAGGUUUAUCGGCUGGCUGCAAUUGGGACAUUGCAAGAUGACCUGCUGCUCCUCCCUCAUGGUGGUCCCCAUGCCCCUCCACCCUUUCACACUGUGAAAGACUUGCAACUUCCUACAACUGGAACCAUUCCUUGGAAACGAUUGCAGGAAACUGCAGAGCCAGGACUUGCCAUGAUGCUUUCAUGGUAUAAUUGCAACUUUAGACUCCUCCUCCCCAGCUUUAUUCUCCCACCAGCUGCUGCAAAUAAGAGCAGGAGAAAUCCUCUUGACUUGGUGGAGGAGAGCAAAGCCAUUGGGACUGGUGGCAGCCUCAGGGCGUGCUCUGCACUUCUUGGUUUCCCUUGGUGAACCGUGUCUGUGUUUGCUGUCUGUGUGUCUAUCUGUGUGGAGUUAUUUAUGCUUCCCCAGCACAUAUUUGCAUCUCCUGUGGUUAUGUUUACCAAGAGUAAAUUCAAAUACAUGUUUUUGUGGGGGGAAAGCGAUAAAUAUGCACG